AUGGCCAUUGACCAUAAAGUAGAAGAUAACUUUUUAGAUCUGAUACCUGUAGUAGAGACUACAGGAGCUGUACUUUAUGAGAAAAUCAUAAAUUUUUUCACAAAACACGAUAUACCUUACAAAACAAAUUUUAUUGGUUUUGCUUCUGAUGGAGCUAGUAAUAUGGUGGGUAUUAGAAAUUCAUUAGUCAGUAGACUACAAGAAAAUAUACCAGGCAUAUUCACAGUCAAAUGUAUUUGCCACAGUUUUCACCUUUGUGCCUCCUAUGCGUGCAAAAAGCUGCCAGAAGAAGUUGAACAACUAACAAGAGAGGUUUAUAACUUUUUUGCAAAUAGCCCAAAAAGAGUUGAGGAACUAAAAGAGUUUCAGGAAUUUGUCAAUGUUGCUCCUGCUAAAAUUCUUCACCCAAGUCAAACACGUUGGCUUUCAUUGGAAAGUGUCAUUAAACGACUUUUAAACCAAUAUAAUGCUCUAAAACUUUAUUUUGUUGAUCAAGUUGCUAAUAACAUUACUCAAGCAGAUUUAAUUUUAGAGAAACUUAACAAGGAAGAAAAAGUGUUUUUAUCUCAUGCAUUACCUAUUUUUAACGAUUUAAAUAAAUUAAUGCAAAGCGAAUCCCCAAAAAUUCACAUUCUUUACAAGGAAAUAACAAAUACACUUAAAAUAAUUCUAGACUUUUAUAUGAAAAGUGACAUUAUUAGUACUGAAAGUAUUGAUAAAAUAGAUUUUAAAAAUCCCCAAAAUUUUUUGCAACUGGAUGAUAUGUAUUUCUCAGCAGAAAUAAAUUCAAGCAGUUUAGAUAAAAAUAGGUUAGAAAAGGUUAAACUCAAUUGUUUGAAUUUUUACAUUGAAAGUGUUCAACAAAUUUGCUCCAGAUUUCCCCUGAAAGAUUCAUUAUUUGAAAAGAUGGAGUUUAUGGAUCCAGAAGUCAUUCGAUCUCGAAAAAUCAGAUCUAUUGGUCAUAUUUCUAAAUUAUGUCCCAAUUUGUUUAAUGUAGAUAUUCAAACAAUUGACAAUGAGUGGUUAGCAUUAAGAAAUUUUGUAAUCGAUUUUAAAGAUGAAUAUAACGACAUUUGUGAAUUUUGGAAAUAUAUCGCAUCGAUAAAAACUCCAGAUCAUAAUGGGUUACGUUUUUCAAACCUAACGAAUUUCGUUUUUAAUUUGCUUACUUUACCUGUUUCAAGCGCAACUGUGGAAAGAGUGUUUUCCGUUGUAAAUUUAAAUAAAACAAAACAACGAAAUAGACUGAAAACUUCUACCCUUACAGCAAUACUCCACACAAAAAGUUUGGUGAAUAAAAAUAAAGCUAUAUGUUCAAAUUUCCUCAUACCAAAAGAAAUGAUUAAGAAACUAAAUCAAAAUAUUUAUGACUCAGACUCUGAUUAA